AUGGCAGCUGCACCGACCGUCGCCGCCGCCGUCGUCGCCUCGUACGUCGUCCUCGGCCGCUUCAUGCACAUCGAGCGGGUCGCCAAGAAGGGUUUGCCAGCUGCGCUCGCCGGCGUCCUCUACUACCGCUACCGGGCGCACCUCACGGGCGACGCGCCAUCGAGCGUGCUCGCGCUGGCCCUCGCCGCCAUGCCGCCGGUCAUGGCCUUUGUCCUUGGCGACGCCAUUGCGCUCGUCACGCUCAUCUACGUUGCGUAUGCGGUGCUGGACCGUCUCCGGAAGGCGCGGUAUGGUUUUUCCAAGAAGGAGGCGAUCAACAAGGCUGGGAACGCGGCCAUGGCGGUCCUCUCGUACAUUCCGUUGCUUCAAAAGAAGGUGCGCGCCGAGAUUGCCAAGAUCGAACACGACAUUGAGCGCUCGCUCGCCGAGCAGAGCAAGUCUGCGAUCGACUUUCCGAAGCGAUUUGCGCUUCCCGAGAAGGGCCAAGCCGCGGCUGACGUACUCGCGACCAUGGUGCGCAUGGUGCAAGGCGAGGACAAGCGCUGGCAAGACGGCCUCGUCUCGGGCGCUGUGUACCACGGCGAAGACGAGCACAUUGCGCUGCUCAACCAAGCGUACGGGCUCUUUGCCGUCACAAACCCGCUCCACGCCGACCUCUGGCCGUCCGUCGUGCGCUUUGAAGCCGAAGUGAUUGCGAUGACCGCGAGCCUUCUCAACGGCGGGUCGCCGGACGUUGUCGGAUCGCUCACGUCGGGCGGCACCGAGAGCAUCGUGCUCGCCACCAAGACGCACCGCGACUGGUUCCGGCACGACCAUGGCAUUACGCGACCCGAGAUCAUUGCGGCCGUGACCGCCCACGCCGCGAUCGACAAGGCAUGCGACAUGUUCAACAUCAAGCUCAUCAAGGUCCCGGUCGACCCGAUCACGUACAAGGUCAACUUGGACGCGGUGCGCUGGAACAUCUCGGCCAACACCAUCAUGCUGUACGCCAGCGCGCCCAACUUUCCGCAAGGCACCAUCGAUGACAUUGCAGCGCUUUCGGAGAUGGCGACGCAGUAUGGCAUUGGGCUGCAUGUGGACGCGUGUCUUGGCGGCUUUGUGCUGCCCUUUGCGCGCAUAUUGGGCCACAAGCUGCCGCCGUUCGACUUUGCACUGCCUGGCGUCACGAGCAUGUCGUGCGACACGCACAAGUACGGCUACGCGUCCAAAGGCACGUCGGUCGUGCUGUACAAGCACAAGGCGAUUCGCCGCUUCCAGUACUUUGCCUACUCGGACUGGACCGGCGGCUUGUAUGCGACGCCGACGAUCGCCGGCAGUCGCCCAGGCGCGCUCAGCGCGGCGGCGUGGGCGUCCAUGGUCAAGAUGGGCAAGGAAGGGUACCUCGAGAAGACAGAGGGGAUUCUCGAGACGGUCGAGAUCAUCACGAACGGCAUUCGCAGCAUGGGCGACGCGCUCUUCAUCCUCGGCGACCCGCAGGCGAUGGUCAUCUGCUUUGGCUCGCACGUCUUCAACAUCCUCAAGGUCAGCGACCGCAUGUCCAAGGCGGGCUGGAGCCUCAACGCGCUCCAGCACCCGACGAGCGUCCACCUGUGCGUCACCGUGCGCCACAUUGGCAAGGGCGCCCAGUUCCUCUCCGCGCUCCGCGAGGCUGUCGACUUUGUCAUGGCCGACCCGAACGGCAAGCUCAGCGGCGGCAGCGCGAUUUACGGCAUGGCGUCGACCAUGCCGGCGGGCCCCGUCGAAGACAUCCUGCGCAUCUACACGGACGCGACGCAGACCUUGUAGUUCCUUUUGGAAUCACCUAUUUUGCAUUAUGAUUCAUGACUUAGUUGCAUAAUGAUUCUCGACGUGGGCCCAAAAGAGCCGUCCUAGCGUCGCCUGCGAAC